GUAACGGACAAACGUUUGCCAGGUGAACAACGAAGCCGACGCAAGGCGAACGAAGAGCGAACGAACUCGAGUCGUGUUUAUUGUCUGUGUAUUUGUCGUCGUGUUGUUGUUUUGGCAGUGGCAGUGGCAGUGCUCGUGCCUUGGCGCUCAGCCCACGCGCGUAUGUGUGUCGUAUAAAUUUUGUUGGUAUUUUUUUUUUGUUUUGGUUUCGCUAUUGGUGUAGCAACAUUUUGCGGCCAGCAGCAGCAGCAGCAGCCGCAACAGCCUCCGCAACAUGCAGUGGUGAAAUUGGCCGAGACCAAAUAACGAAACGAAACGAAGCGAAGCUGAAGCUGAAGCAGAAGCUGAAGCAGCAGACGAAACUCAACACGAGCAACAAAUCAUUUGGCUUGUUGUCGUCUGUUUGUCGCCUCGCCUGCAGGAUACGCGACGAGGACGUGAACAAAACAGAACAACGCUGGCCGUUGACCGAGUUGCAUCGCAAUCGCAUCGGUCUCUUCCCUCAGCAGAGGAACGCUGCUGAAAGCCAUAGCUGAACAAGUGCCAGAAAGAGAUACAGAUACAGUGAGAGAGCAAGAGAGAGAGAGAGGGAGUGUGUUUGUGUAUGUGAGUGGGAAUCAAGCAGCAGACAGUGGCAACUGAAACCGAAAUUGAAAUCGUAAAUCGGAGCGGCAGCUGUUGCAUGCGGCCGCCGUGCCAGACUCAGUGACGCCGCCGCUCAGCGUCCGCGUGCCGCGUGCUGCGUGUCUUUGCGUGUUUUUGUUGUUUUUUUGUUUUGUGCUUACCACGUUCGCCCAUUGAUCCUCGCGAGUGACAGAGACACAUACACUGCAAGAAGAUUACAACAACAAAGAGUGUGCAACAGCCAAAGAAGAGUGAACCAGUGAGUAAGAGAGUUAAAGAGAAAUAUAUAUAAAGUGAGCAAAAGAGAGAGAGGGAGCAUUGGAAUCUGCAAUUGGUUUAGCUAAAGACCUCAAGAUGUUGUUGUUGCUGCAAUUGGCCGCGCUGCUCGCCUGCCUGGCCCAUGCCGCCGCCGGCGUCAGCAUCAACGCCAACGAUCCAUGCUACUUCGAGGGCAAGCCGCGCAAGUGCCUGCCGAGCUUUGUGAACGCCGCCUACGGCAAUCCGGUGCAGGCGUCCAGCGUCUGCGGCGCCCAGCAGCCGGAGCGCUUCUGUGAGCUGCAGCGCGACGGCAGCGCGGGCGAGUGCCGCGUCUGCGACAAGUCCGAGCAUCGCUAUGGUCCUGCCGCCCUGACAGACCUCAACAAUCCGAGCAACGUGACCUGCUGGCGUUCGGGCAGCGUCAAUGUGCCCCACGAUCCGGACACGGCGCCGCCGGACAAUGUCACCCUGACCCUGUCGCUGGGCAAGAAAUACGAGCUCACCUACAUUUCGCUGUCGUUCUGCCCCAAAUCGCCGCGCCCCGACUCCUUGGCCAUCUACAAGAGCUCCGACUUUGGCCAGACCUGGCAGCCCUUCCAGUUCUACAGCUCGCAGUGCCAGAAGUUUUACGGACGUGCGGAUCGCGCUAAGAUCAGCAAGUUCAAUGAGCAGGAGGCGCGCUGCAUGAACUCGCAGCACGAUGCAGCCAGCGGUGGGGCCGCACAGCGUUUCGCCUUCAACACCCUGGAGGGUCGUCCGUCGGCCAACGACUUGGACUCGUCGCUGGUGCUGCAGGAUUGGGUAACGGCUACCGAUAUACGUGUGGUCUUCCAUCGCCUGGAGCUCCCGCCGCAGCUGCUGCUAAGCCGCGAACGGGCCAAGGGCAAUGCGAACAGCUUCAGUGACGAGAUGACCGCCAGCCAGGAGGACGAGCUGGAUGGCCAUGAGCUGGAUGAGCAGGACGAGUACGAUUACAAUCUGCAUGACAACGACAGUGCCGGCUACGAUCAGGAGGAGUACGAAGAGCCCAAGAAGCAUCUCGAGCUCGACGACGAACUGCAUCUGGACUAUGCCAACGAUGGCGAGAGCAAGCGCCAGUCCAAGCACAAGAGCAGCCUCUACGAGAAGCACUUCCAGGGCAAAUUGUCGGUCAGCACUCCGAUGCCAGCAUCGGCCAAGACCACGCCCCCAACCAAGUCGUCAACAUCCACAACAUCGGCCUCUGGAGUCGCUGGUGCCGCUGCCAUGCAACAGAUGCUGUCUGUGUCGCAGCAUUACGCCGUCUCCGAUUUCGCUGUGGGCGGUCGCUGCAAGUGCAAUGGCCACGCCUCCGAGUGCAUUGCCACCAGCAGUGGGUCGAGCAGCGCCCUGCAUGCCGACGCUGACGAUGGCCAGGACGACGACAAUAUUCCCACGUCCCUGCACAGCCACUUCGGACGCACUCCGUCCGGCCUGCAGCUGAGCGCCAAGCUGGCCAUGACCUGCGCCUGCAAGCACAACACCGCCGGACCCGAGUGCGAGCGCUGCAAGCCCUUCUACUUCGAUCGGCCCUGGGGACGGGCCACCGACAACGAUGCCAACGAAUGCAAAAGUGAGUCAAGCAAUCUAUCUAAACGACAUACAUACCUAUAUAUACAUAUACAUAUACAUACAUAUAUCUAUCUAGUGAUAAAUAUAAAAGAUUCCCCAACAGUUCCAUAA